AUGAUGGUGGAUAACCGGCACGCCACAGCUCUGGUCAUCGCCGGUGUUUUAAGCGUCCUGGCGUCCGUGUAUCUGUCGGUGUCGGUCGGCUCGCCGCACUGGUACCGGUACACGAGCCCGCCGGUCCGCGCCGAACCCAACGCCACGGAGCUGCGCGCGCUGCAAGACGAGUUUCUGGAGGGAGAGUUUGACGAGAAAACCGUGAGCGACGCGCUGUUCCGCAUGAACGGGACGCUCGGACUGUGGUGGAGAUGCGUUCAGACGCCCACGGACGCGCACUGGUACCGAGAACCCGAUCCAAAGAUGGUGAUGGAGUGUGUGAGUUUUACUCUCUCGCAGCAAUUCACACCGAAAUACAAAGAGCCGGGAAAUCACAACAGUGGAGAAGAUCUGAUAAGAACCUAUCUGUGGCGGUUCCAGUUCUUCCUGCCGCUGGUCUCUCUGGGUCUGGUGGUUCUGGGCGGUUUGCUCGGGUUCUGCGCGUGUCUGUGUGGCAGUCUGACGCCGGCGCUCUUCAUCGGCCUCAUUCAUCUGCUCGCAGGCCUGUGCUCUCUGGCCACCGUCUGCUGUUUCCUGGCCGGAAUGGACCUGCUGCACCGCGUGUCCGUGUUGCCCGAUCGCGUGGACGGCACUCUGGGCUGGUCGCUGUAUCUGGCGCUCAUCGCGUCUCCUCUGCACAUGAUGGCCGCCGCGCUGCUGAUGUGGGCGGCCCGCAGUCACAGCCAGAGCUACGACCGCAUGACGGUGUACAGAGUCGCUUAAACCACGGCGGCGCUGACAGAUCGGAUCAGAUCGUGUGGAGUGAGAUAGAAACUGAAAUCAACUCUGAAUCUGUUGGACAUGAAUGUUGAAGAGCGACUGCCGUCAGAAACACAAUCACGCUCUGAGAAUCUCAGAUGCACUUUCAAGAGAAGUGUGUGUGUGUGUGUGUGUGUGUGAGACACAUCAGGACACAAAUGUGUAUAACGACAUAGGUAUUACAAAAAGAGGUGACUUAUGAGGACAUUACCCAUGUCUCCACUUUUCAAAAGGCUU